UAAACAGUAAGGGUAAAUUUAAUCAAUUAUAAAUAUAUACUUUACACUCGCGGUGUAUAUUCUUGCUUUCGCAUUUAUGCUAAUUAAUAUAUUUAAUAAAUAUAAGUAAAUAAUGUCUAAUAUUGUGCAGUACAUAAUUGUGCGUAGUGAUUUAAAAUCGACUUUGUCCUGGCCAUUGGGUGCAUUGAUAGCGCAGUGCUGCCACGCGACAGCCGCUGUAAUCCAUUUGCAUGCCGAUGAUGAGGAUACAAAGGCGUAUUUAUGUGAUUUGGAUAAUAUGCAUAAAGUCGUAUUAGAGGCUAAGGAUGAAGCGGCGCUAGUGAAAGUAGCAGAAAAAUUGAAGGAAAAUGAUAUUAAACAUAAAAUGUGGAUUGAACAACCAGAAAAUAUACCAACCUGUAUAGCAAUUAAGCCUUAUGUUAAGGACAAUAUACAUAAAUUUGUUAAACAUCUCAAAUUGCUUAAGUAGUAGUAAAUAGAUCUGGAAUGCCUAGAAUUUCUAAUGAAGUUCAAUUCUUCAAACAUAAAA